CCUUGGGCUGUCAGCUUUGCUGGGCGGCACGGCGGCAUGGUGGCCGGGCGGCACGCUGCUGAAAUACUGGGGUGCGCAUGGCGUGAUGCGCACCCCAGUUUACCCGAAAUGCGCUCCAGCCGCGGAGCGGGCGCUGGCGAUGUCAGGCGGGAAUUCCACUGACCCUUCUCCCGGCCCAGGAGCUGUGAACGGCUCCCCGUCUCCUCUGCAGACGCCCAGGACCACGGGUCCCUGACUCUCCCCGCGCCCCCCCUGCUGCCACGCUCUGAACCAGCCGGCACCAUGGCCGCUUCCAAGUUGCCCGCGGUGGCCGGGGAGGAGGACACCACCAUCCUCAUGGCCAAGGAAGAGCUGGAGGCCCUGAGGACGGCCUUCGAGUCGGGCGACAUCCCGCAGGCCGCCUCGCGCCUCCGGGAGCUGCUGGCCUCCUCGGAGAGCACGCGCCUGGAGGUGGGCGUCACGGGCGAGUCCGGGGCCGGCAAGUCCUCCCUCAUCAACGCCCUGCGCGGCCUGGGGGCCGAGGACCCCGGCGCGGCGCUCACGGGCGUCGUGGAGACCACAAUGCAGCCGUCCCCUUACCCGCACCCACAGUUUCCCGACGUGACCCUGUGGGACCUGCCGGGGGCCGGCUCUCCGGGCUGCCCGGCCGACAAGUACCUGAAGCAGGUGGACUUCGGCCGCUACGAUUUCUUCCUGCUGGUCUCGCCCCGCCGCUGCGGGGCCGUGGAGACCCGCCUGGCCGCCGAGAUCCUGCGCCAGGGCAAGAAGUUCUACUUCGUGCGCACCAAGGUGGACGAGGACCUGGCGGCCACGCGCACGCAGCGGCCCUCGGGCUUCAGCGAGGUGGCCGUCCUGCAGGAGAUCCGCGAGCACUGCGCCGAGCGGCUGCGCGCCUCCGGCGUCAGCGACCCGCGCAUCUUCCUGGUGUCCAACCUGUCGCCCACGCGCUACGACUUCCCGAUGCUCGUGUCCACCUGGGAGCACGACCUGCCCGCCCACCGGCGCCACGCGGGGCUGCUGUCGCUGCCGGACAUCUCGCUGGAGGCCCUGCAGAAGAAGAAGGACAUGCUACAGGAGCAGGUGCUCAAGACGGCGCUGGUGUCCGGCGUCAUCCAGGCGCUGCCCGUGCCCGGGCUGGCGGCCGCCUACGACGACGCCCUGCUGGUGCGCUCGCUGCGUGGCUACCACCGCAGCUUCGGCCUGGACGACGACUCGCUGGCCAAGCUGGCCGAGCAGGUGGGCAAGCAGGCGGGGGACCUGCGCUCGGUCAUCCGCUCCCCGCUGGCCAACGAGGUCUCGCCCGAGACGGUGCUGCGGCUCUACUCGCAGUCGUCGGACGGCGCCAUGCGCGUGGCCCGCGCCUUUGAGAAGGGCAUCCCGGUGUUCGGCACGCUGGUGGCCGGCGGCAUCAGUUUCGGCACCGUCUACACCAUGCUGCAGGGCUGUCUCAACGAGAUGGCCGAGGACGCGCAGCGCGUGCGCAUCAAGGCCCUGGAGGAGGACGAGCCGCAGGCCGAGGUCAGCCUGGAGGCGGCGGGCGACAGCGGCGUGGAGAAGAGGGGCUCCGGGGAGGGGGGCUGCGAGGAAGCCCCGCUCUCCACCCGCCGCAAGCUGGGCCUCCUGCUCAAGUACAUCCUGGACAGCUGGAAGAAGCGCGAUUUGUCCGAGGAGAAGUAGAAGUGCGGCCCCGCCCCCACUCACCCACAAACCGCGCCUUAGCGCGAGCGGCAAACAAAAAAGGCCGAUGUGGUUAAACCAGAGCUGCAAUUGCUGGGGCCGGGGGGCGCCCGGUGUGGAGGGAGGCAGGUGGGCCCGCAGGGAGGGGGCCAUCCCGAGAGGGGA